CUGAGGAGAGGCGGAGUCAGGACUAACAUCAGUUCUUAGUGUUGAUCUGAUCUGUGCUGUAAUCAGACCAUGAAGUAUGUGUUCCUAUGAUGCUCUCUCAGGGAAGCUUCCAGGCAGUAAGAUCCAGCAUUACUGAACCACAACUAGCUGAAACCUAGUCUCUACUCGUUAAAGUCUCUCCAUCACCUGAAAUUAAAAUAAGUGAAAUGAAGAAGUUUAAGCGCCGUUUCUCACUGUCAGCUCAUCGGACGGAAACUAUUGAAGAGUCACUUGCGGAGUUUCAGGAACAAAUCACCAACCAGAUAAAGAACAGGAGGAAUGAUGAUAUCGCACACGAGAAUCUUCCACUGACCUUGAGUGUGCACACAGACCAGGUGACAUCAGAAGAUGGCCAUUCUCCAAAUCCCCUGCGUUAUAGGAAUCACCGACAGCGCAGGUUCUCAAUGGAGGACUUCAGCAAGAGGCUCUCUCUACCGAUGGAUAUCAGACUACCCGAGGAGUUCCUGCAGAAGCUACAGCUGGAGAGUCCACCCCUGCCCAAGACUCUGAGCAGAACAUCACGGAGAGCUUCUCUGUCGGACAUCGGUUUUGGGAAGCUGGAGACUUAUGUCAAAUUGGACAAAUUGGGUGAGGGAACUUAUGCCACAGUGUUUAAGGGUAGAAGCAAAUUAACCGAAAACCUGGUGGCACUGAAGGAGAUCCGACUGGAACAUGAAGAGGGAGCUCCGUGCACUGCAAUACGAGAAGUUUCGUUGCUGAAGAAUCUGAAACAUGCAAACAUUGUCACUCUGCACGACAUCAUUCACACUGACUGCUCACUCACCCUCGUCUUUGAGUACCUGGACAGUGACCUGAAACAAUACAUGGACAACUGCGGGAACAUCAUGAGCAUGUACAAUGUCAAGAUAUUCAUGUUCCAACUAUUGAGAGGCCUGGCUUAUUGCCACAAACGCAAGGUUCUACAUCGAGACCUGAAGCCACAGAACCUACUCAUUAAUGAACGAGGAGAGUUAAAACUGGCUGAUUUCGGUCUGGCCAGAGCCAAAUCUGUUCCAACUAAGACCUAUUCCAAUGAAGUGGUAACCUUGUGGUACCGACCCCCAGACGUCCUUAUGGGCUCCACAGAAUACUCAACGCAGAUCGAUAUGUGGGGAGUUGGUUGUAUUCUUUAUGAAAUGGCUGCGGGAAGGCCUCUGUUCCCUGGGUCCACAGUGAAGGAGGAAUUGCACUUAAUUUUCAGGCUUUUAGGGACUCCAGCAGAAGACACAUGGCUGGGAAUUACAUCCAAUGAAGAAUUCAAGGCUUAUAAUUUUCCUUACUACCGACCACAACCAAUGAUACAUCAUGUUCCCAGAUUGGACGCUGAAGGUCUAGACCUUUUUGCAAACCUUUUACUGUACGAGGCCAAGAAGAGGAUUUCAGCUGAGGAUGCUCUCCAACACCUUUAUUUCAAGAACUUGGGUGAAAGAGUGCACUUUCUACCAGACACUGUUAGUAUUUUCACAUUGAAAGAAAUCCAGUUGCAGAAGGAUCCUGGUUAUCGAAGGUCUUCAUAUCCCCAGUCUGCCCGAGGCAAGAAUCGAAGGCAAAGUGUUUUAUUUUAGACGGCUCUGUGCUCCUGCCUCGUCCCCACAUUACAGAAGAACACGGUCACUAUAUGGUGGGGGUGUGGAGAGAGAGUUGAGAGUGGGGGCAGCUUCAUUAUUGCAGCAUGGAAUGGGACCAGGUGAGGCUCCAGCAGUAAUCCAAGAUGAUGUCUUCGUGAGAUCAGCAUCCUUCAACUGUGAUGCUACACAUUAACUAAAAUCACCAGGAACAGGAGGACUCCACUCACAGCCUCAGGUUUGCUCUACAAUUCGAUUAGAUUCUAACCCCACUAACUCAACUUUGGCACUAAAUGCUGAAUCUUCAUCAAAGAUAUUUGGUAUCAAUCCCAAUGCACAACCUGGCUUCAUUGCCUGAGUGCCCAGUUACAACUGUGCCCAUUACUAUAUAUCCUCAUACCUGCCCUCGUCUCCAAUACUGCAUCCCAAUACAGCAGUUUAGCUAAUGCACUGUAGCUGUCUUCCGAUCAGUUUAGGACUAUCCAGCAUUGACACCGAACAGCUGACUCCCCUCUUCCCUGCAUCCUUGCCUUUGCAGAGAUUAAAGAAUGCUGCUGAUAAUUUUUCCUCAAAACUGCACAUCGAAAGCAUCCAUGCAUCUUUAUUCAGUAGGUUCAUGGGACACGAAUUCACUGCAGGCCUAAGGGGACAAGAGUCACAGUGGUCUCCAGGAGAACAGGUUCAUUGCAGGCGCUAAUGGGCAUAGAUUCAGGACAUCUCAGGGUUUAUGGCAGGCACAGAGGGCAAGGGUGAUAGCAGACAUAGUGGGCACAGGUUCAUGGCAAGUCCAUAGGGUACAGGGUCACAGUAGGAUCACAUGAGAUCAUAAUUAGUAUGAGUUUGGUUCUUUCUUCCCUGUCUUCCUUCAUCAUUCCCUCCAUCAUUUUUUAUCCCUUCCUUUCCUUUCUUCACUCCCUUUUCC